AUGGGUUUGAUUCUGAGUGCGGCAACUGGCAGGGGUUGGACGACUGGUUCGGGGAUGGAAGGUCCCUUUGUUCCUGCUGGAUUUGAAAAUGAAUCUGGCACAGAGAGGAUCUCCACCUUCCCUUGGUCCCUCUUCACCAAAUUGCCUCGUCAGAGGAUGCGUGUGGCCUUCACCUGUAACGUCUGUGGACAGAGAACCUCUUGUGCCAUUAAUCCCCAGGCUUACAGUGAUGGAACUGUCUUCAUGCAGUGCUGCGGAUGCAAUGUAUUUCAUAAGCUGGUCGAUAAUCUAAAUCUGUUCCAUGAUAUGAAGUGCUACGUGAACCCAAGUUUCCGUUACAGAGAAUUGGGUGGAGAGGUUGAUUACAACUUUCUGGACAUGGGUGACUGGGAUGAUGAUAUUCCUCUUCUAAACUCCAUUUUCAUUUAG